AUGACGGUGACCUACGAGGGACUUCGAACCCACAGUAGCCUUGCAUUGCAAGGGGUGAUUAUUACGCUAUUUACAUAAAUACGCAGUGACUGUGUUGUGCAUUUCGUUAAUAUUACAGGCUGUGCAUUCCUCAACAGUAUCAGUAAGUGCUGGUUUGUAUUCGAUACUGAAGAGUAAAGAUGACGUCAUCAGAGGCUGGUCGCGAAGUAGACGAUAUCACAGAUAUUCGACAGCGAUUCCACAGAUACGACAUUCGUAACGGUGCCGUUAAUAUACCCUCUGACAGUCUAUAUCCUCAUUUGAAAAGAGCCAGUGUGUUGGUGCCAAUCUUUCUCAAGAACCAGCAAUGGCGAAUCUUGCUCACAGUGCGCUCACACAAGCUGAGAACUCACACCGGAAGUGUAGCGCUCCCUGGCGGCCUUAGGGAUGACUCUGACGUCGACGAAGUGGACACUGCCAUCAGAGAAGCCGAGGAAGAGAUUGGUCUGCUGAGACGUGACGUCACAGUUCUAGCGGUUCUGUUUCCCAAUAUCGUGAGGCCGGGUUACAUCGUGUUCCCUGUGGUUGCCGUCAUACCAAGCUGGUUCCAGGCCAGGCCUAACCCCGACGAGGUUGCCACGGUUUUCGAUCUCCCGCUAGAUACAUUCUUACACGACUUUCGCGUACAGAAUUGGAGUAUGUUCAGUAUUGAUAUCAGUAUCGUCCACUUCCCUCGUUUUGUGGACAGUGUAAAGAUGGAUAUCUGGGGUUUCACCGCCAGGCUUUGUAUGUGGACGGCGAACAUCGUGUACAAUACUGGGGGAACAAUCGGUGGACUAAGUGACCGGCGAGCAUGCGCCGGUGAUGAUGUCUAUAGUCAGCAUAGAUUUCUGUUCUACUAUCUGUGCCAACACUCACGAAUGUGAUGAAACCAUUUCGUUACACCCACAUUGGUGAGAACAUCAUGCGUUGUUUACAUAACACAUACUUCCACUUGUUAACACAUACUAUUAUCCUGUUCAAUUAUUUAGACCCAAAGUUUUUUGCAAAUGUUACGUUUAUUUCCUAUUCGAUAUUUGUUUUCUUUGCAUUUACAUGAAAACAAACCCAAACCCCAACAGGUUUUA